UUCACCGACCGCCGUCGUCGCUGCACUUGCCGCCGCUCCACGCGUACGAGGUCGACGCGGCCACCGUCGAUGUUCGCGAAGACGACGACGACCCGGUCAAGCUCUCGGCGGUCGAGCACAUGGACAUUCUGUCUCUUUUGAACCCGACGACGUCGGCGCGGCACCCGGACUGCGAAGUCGUUGCCAACACGAUGCCCAGCCGCGUCGCGUCCAUCUGCUUUGAACAUCGACGCUUGCAUGCAAGCGACGGCGAGUACGUGCAGCACUCGCACACGAUCAACGGGCUCGCGGUAUCGCCUUUCGGCGACUUUGUCAUUUCGGUCGCGUCCGACCGCGCGAUCAAGCGCUGGCACGCCAAGACGGGAGAGCACGAGGCGACGACGCGUGAUGCGCACUCGCACCCGAUCUUGUGCUGCGCGCUCGCCGCGCACCCGUAUGACGGCAGCGUCCUGUUUCUCGCGACUGGCAGCGCCGACGCCAGUGUGAAGCUCUGGAACGCAUUUGACAUGUCGGUUUUGUACACGCUUCUUGGGCACUACGACUCGGUCGUGUCGCUGACGUUUACGCCGUCGCGGCACGCCUUGUACUCGUCGUCGCUCGAGUCGCGCGUCAUCAAGUGGCAAAUCGUUCCCACCGUGCCCGACGCACCGCGACCGCCGACGAUCGUCGCCGUGCACUGCCAUGCGAUCGAGAUUGCUUGGCUCGAGCCACUUGGCAACGGGGCACCGAUUGUGCAGUAUGAGAUACGCACGUCCCGUGACGAUGGUCCGUUUGAAGCACCGAUGCAAGUGUCAGUCGAUACGACGGUCCGUUGCAUGGACGCCUUGGAUCCGGGCACCGUCUAUGCGUUCAAGGUCGCGGCGCGUAAUCAUGUGGGGCUCGGUGCCUUUAGCGAGAGCUCACCGCCGGUCGAGACUCUGGCAUUUCGUCCGUCCAAGGUCCAGAAACCGUGCGCCAUUCGCAGCGUCGCCACGCACAGCGUCGUGCUCGAAUGGCUGCCGCCGCAGGCCAACGGAACGCCGAUCUCUCACUACCAUUUUCGCUGCGUACCAGAGAACACGCUCGGCAACGACGAUGUCAUUAGCGUUGUCAUCCCCGAGGAUGCGAUUGCGGGCCAGAGCCGCGCCGCCAAAGAAGCCGCCGAAGCCGGUGCGAAAUGCUUUCUUGAGCUGCACGCAUCACGCACGGAUAGCCUUUGUGCGCAAGCUCGAAGAGCGGGCCGAGCGCGAUGCCGAGCGCGCCAAGCGCCUCAACUCGAAAAAAGCGCUCGAAAAGAGCGUGAAAUUGCAGCUCCAAGCGCGUGCGCGUCUCGAGAAGCAGCGUCGGCAGGUGCACAGAAAGCGGUGCCCACGGCGCUGCUCAAGUACACGCUCACGUGCGUCUUGCCCGGCACGAUCUACCAGUUCCAGCUCGCGGCCGCAAACCGUUGCGGUGUCGCCGACUUUUCGAUUCCGUCCAUGUAUAUCAAAACCGAGUCGUGCGAGCCCAAUGCACCAGACCAGCCGACGCUGUCGCACAUUACGCCGACGACGGUCCAGCUCCAUUGGCAGCCGCCGCGCGCCAACGGCAGCGCCGUCGUUCAGUACACACUGGAGUGGCGCCAGGACGGCGACACGACGAGCCUUGAUGUGCUUGCUCGGACACUGGCGACGCCCCAGUAUACUCUGAGUCCGCUCCACCCCGGCAAGGACGUGUGCGCUCGUUUGCGCGCGUCCAACGUCAUCGAUAAGAAGGUGCGCACGUCCGAGUGGUCGCCGUGGUCGGAGACGGUCACGACGCUCCCGACGACACCCAGUGCCGUCGCCCAACCCCUUUUACAGCACCCGACAUCGCACUCGAUGCAACUAGCGUUCUCGUCGCCGUGUGCCAACGGGCGACCGAUUGUGGCCUACCACGCGACACUCUGCGCGCAAGAGACGGCCUUUGGCGUCGUCUCGCACCGCGUGGUGCGUUCAUAUAUCUGGCGCGAUACAAAGGCUUUCGACAUCGAAUUGAUCGAGCUCGACGCGGCAACAACCCACGUUGUGCGCAUCGCAGCCGAGAACGCGCUCGGUCUCGGCGACUACAGCGUCUGGAGCAUGCCGUUGCGGACCAAGACGGCGGUCGUUCCGGCGCCCGUGCCCGAAGCGCCGACCCUCGACGAGGUGCAGCCCACGUGUGCGCGGCUGCAUUGGCGAGCGCCGGUGCACAAUGGCGGCUCCCCACUUGUCGGCUACGUCGUCGAGUAUGCGAUUGAUGGCAAGGAGUGCAUCUCCCUGCGCGUGCCCCGCUUACAUCUCGACUUGCGCCUCGACUUUCUCAAGCCCAAGACAAAUUACGUCUUCCGCGUUGCCGCUAUCAACGGUGCUGGGACCGGUCCGUUCUCAAUCGACUCGACGCCGCUCGUGACGCCCAGCCUCGUCGAGCACACUCUGCGCGUCUACUUUGCCAACCGACCGGACGAGGAGCAUGAUGCCUCCCGGCGUAUCCAGCGCUGCUAUCGGGCGGCGUCGGCGCGCCAUGUUGCCAAGCAAGCCCAUGCAGCGUACCUCUCGGCGUGGCUACGGUCCUGGAACCUCUUGUAG